CCGGACGAAGAGGUCGGCGCUCCUCACCACGGGGGUCAAAGUGUGUCCCCAGGAGACGAUGAAAGCAGUCAUCAGCAGCCAUCGGGCGUAUUACAAGCUCAGAGUUUGUCAGGAAGUGAUAUGGGAAGCGUUUCGAAUCUUCUUGGACAGAGUCCCAAACUCAGAGGAGUACGGUGCCUGGCUUCACACCUGCCAGCAUGAGAACCUCUGCAUGGACGACCUGGCCCAGAACUUCAGCAGCUCUCAGGAGCAUCUGGACAUGGUGGCCAGAAGAGUAGCCGAGCAAGCUGAAAGUGAAGGAGUUAUUGCUGGAACCACAGAGGCAGGAAGGGAUUGUACCUGGACACCCCCACUGUUUCUGCUACCAACAGAGCAUGACUUUAACCAAGAAGACCACAACAUGAUAAAAGAGAACUAUGAGGAGUACAUUGUCGAGUUCAGUGUCACCAUCGUGGAUCCGGCAUUCAGCAAGCUGCUCAGGGACCCGGCAGCGAAGUACAGUGACAUCACACGAGAGCUCACAGACAAGAUGGUUCGUGUGUUUGAAAAGGUUCCAGGAUUUAAAGAGAUUCGUGUUCUUGCAUUUCGCUCAGAGGAUGUGUCUGUGCGUUACGCUGUGGUCUUUAAUGGAGAAACGCAGCUCAAUGAUGAACCUGACGGUCUUGAGAAUCCAGAGAACGGCGAGGAUGUAAAUGCCCCUAAACUGAAGCACAUCAUUGUAACGGCCUUAAAACAGGAACUGUCACUACCGAUGGACAUACAGACACUCAGCUUCGAGGCUGUAACCACGGUGUAUCCAGUGGCCGAGCUCGGCAUGAACCCUCUCGAGGGCGCUGUAUCUCAGGACGACACCACACAGCCGCCGGCAGCGGACAAUGGUGCCACGCAAAGUUUUCUCCCCACUGUGGCAGUGUUAGAGAACUCUUUGGAAGCUUCUACAACCAAACCAGAAGCACACACCUUUGUGCCUUUCAUCCCAAACGUCAUCCCAGAAAGCACUUCUGCCAUCACUGAUGAGACUCCUUUAAUGUCGUCAGCAGAGGAGGAAUCCACAGAAGAUGCUGCUGAGGAGCCCGGUGACAUCAUAGAGCCAGAGGUGGAGGAGAUACCACCAACUGAGCAUGAUGACGGAGAAUCAGCUGAUGGGGUCACUGAGGAACAUCCAAUGCAACCGAAUGAGGACCUUCCCGUAGCAACCCCCGACUCCCAACCAGAAGAAGUAAUUACUGAUGCACCUGUUGAGGUUAACCUGGACCUCCCAGGGUCUGCAGAUCCCACAGCUACCGAGAUAUCUGUCGUACAAGCAGAAGUCCCAGUCGCUACGACAUCAUCUCAUGAGGAUGUGUUUCAAGGCUUUGAACCAGAAUCUUCUGUGAGUGAAUCUUCUGUGAAGAGUGGCAAAGCCCCCGAAUACCGAGAUGAGUCCAGUGGAGGGAACAGUGGAGCGGCUCCGGUCUCAACAGACUUGUCUCCUGGGAACCCAAACAUUCAAGAUGAUAUAGGGUCAAGUCAGGAUGGGAUGGAGGUGGAAGUGACCGAUCCUCUGGAAGAAGAGAACGGAAGCGGAUUCCCCUCAGAGUCUGACGAAGGCCCGUAUGAAUCCACGGCUGCACCGGCUAUUAGACAAGUCAGCACCCCUCUGAUGACCGCAGUGGAUAAGGGCAAAGAGUUAGUGAUUUUCUUUAGCUUGAGGGUCACUAACAUGAUGUUUUCUGAUGGCCUGUUCAACAAGAGCUCCCCAGAGUAUAAAUCCCUGGAGAAUACCUUUCUUGAGCUGACACAGCAUUCUGGGUCCAGAAACUCGCCAAACCCUGAAGCUUCCAGUAAAUCUGGGCCUGGGAGACAGAAGACUUUAGCCUCCAUACCGCUUCUGCCAUAUCUACAAUCCAAUUUGACUGGAUUUAAGCAGCUGAAAAUUCUCAACUUCAGGAACGGCAGCGUUGUGGUAAACAGCAAGAUGAAACUGGACAAGCCGGUACCUUACAAUGUCACAGAAGCUGUUCACUGUGUGCUCGAAGACUUCUGCAACUCGGCUUCCAAACGUCUCGACAUCGAGAUUGACAGUCGCUCGUUGGAAGUGGAACAAGCUGACCAAGCGGAGCCCUGUAAGUUCCUGGCCUGCAACAAGUUUUCACGAUGCGUUGUAAACAGUUGGACCGAAGAGGCCGAGUGUUUGUGUGAUCCGGGCUACAGCACCGUGGACGGCCUGCCGUGUCAGAGCGCCUGCGCUUUGCAGCCGGACUACUGCCUGAAUGAAGGCCUGUGUGAAAUAAUCCCAGGGCACGGCGCCACCUGCAGAUGUCCCGUAGGUAUAUACUGGCACUACCACGGAGAACGCUGCAACGAGCUGGUGUCGAUGCCAGUAGACCCUCCGCUAAUUAUCACCUGCCUGGCGGGAAGCCUCUGCUUUGUCUGUGCCAUCAUUGGCAUUUUGAUAUUCAUUAACAAGAAAUGUAUAAAGACCAGAAAGGCUGUAACUCUGGUGCAUUCCCUUGCUCCCUAUGCCUUUGAGAAUUCUUUGAGGGUGAACCCCGUAUUUGAGAAUGAUGAUGGUGUCUUAACUCAAGUGUCCACAUUGCCAUACCCUUCAAGUUCUGCUUCUUCCCAAUCCCAACAGUCUGAACAAGCACAUUUUGCCUCAAUUGAAAAUAUACAUCUGAGUAUUGAGAUCCCCAGACAACUCUACACAACAAGAUCAGAAAAGUUAGUCUCAGAAAUGGUGGACUUCCAUCACUGUAUACCACACAAUGAGACAUGGCGACUGCAAAGUGAAUACAGAACAUGUCGUUUAAUGGCAUCAGAUAACGAGUGUUUUGAAGUGACCGUUCUUUGAUGGGUCUGUGUUCGUGUGAAGAGCAGCUGACACGGUGACACAGUGCAAGACACUGGCGUCGCUGUUUAACUGUACAUGGGAGUCAAACGAUGUUUAAAGUGUUGAGAUUAAUUGUUCAUAGUGAUCAAAGCGUCUUGUUAGACAGAGAGCUAUGGAUAUUAAAGUGGAAACUCAUAUUUAUUCUAUAUAUUGAAUGGUAGGAAUAUUUCCUGGAUAGCCUUGGCAAAGGAUGUUCUUUCCUCACAAUGAGGUAUUUAUUAUUUACAAACCGAUACACAUGGUGGUAUUUUGAAUUUAGACUGUAAAAACUACAUUUUACCAUUGUUAUGUCCCAAAAAGAGAAUGAAUGUAUAUGACACAUUGUUCAUAGAAAUAUUGUCUGCUGAGCUGUAUGUAUCAGUCUGUCCGAUUCAA